AAGAAAAUGAGAAAUAUUAAUUCAAAAUUAAAUUUUUAAAGUGACUUUCAACAUUAGUGACUGUUAAACUAAAAACUGAAAAAAAGUAUGAAUUAUAUAUUGCAUUUCUUAAAAUGGCGCCCAACACUUUGAAGUUGUGUUGGAUUCAAAUGCUGUUGCUAUUAUUCAUACAAAAUAAGAACAAUUUUUGUGCUCAAGAAUUCUUCAAAAAAUGAUGUAGAAUUGAAGCAAAUUUUCAAUUUUUGCUGGCAGAAUAAAAUGAUCAAUGUUCUCGCAGUAUUUCAAGACUUCUCGAAUUCUUCGGCUUAUUACAGUUACAACAAUUUUGUACAAUUUACAAUCGAAGAGCGCAUCUGGAACAAGAAUGAAUGCUAUAUUUUUCCAAAUCAAAUGAAGGACCUUAAAGGCUCAACAUUGCCGGUAUUUUUCGGGGGACCAGAACCAGCAGUGAUUGUCUCAAAAUUAACAAACGGUGACACAUUAAUUGGUGGUUUCGUUGGACAUAUCUUCAAUUAUAUUUCCAAGAAACACAAUGCCAAAUUGAACAGCUCCAACGUUAACACUUUACUUUCGGUCUAUGAAAUGCAUACACUUGCAUUAAAUGGAACAAUUGAAAUAUCAGGGUCUCAUCUGGUAGUUUUACAAGACAAAAUUGAUAUGUCUUCAUGUUCAUAUCCAUAUAUUUUGGUGGAUUGGAGUAUAAUGCUGACAAUAGAGAUAAAAAUUCCCCUUUAUAAGGUGUUUGCAUUUGUGUUUCAUUGGGAAGCUUUUGUUUUAACAAUUUGUGCAUUCAUAUUUCUUUCUGUGUUGCUUGAGUUGGCUACUGAAUUUUCAGGAUCACAACGGAUCGAUUGUUUUCGUGGAAUACUUGGACAGUCAUUCCCUGAAGCACGGAAUCCGUCUUUCACUACCAAAAUCAUUUAUUUGCUUAUAUUUAUGCUUGGAAUUAUGAUAGUUACUUCAUACGAUGCAUUUCUUCAGUCUUUCAUGACCGAACUUCCACGAGAAAAAGUUAUAAGAUCCUUCGAUGACUUGGAAUCGUCUGGUCUAAAAAUCUUUGCAUUUAAAGGUGAUAUGGAUGAGUUAUUGUACAAAUGGAGACCUAAUUUCAUGAAAAGAUAUUCAAAUAUUUUUCAAGUCGAAAACAAUGGAUAUAAUUUUGUAAAAUUUCGAGAUACUUUAAAUACUAAAUAUGCCUUCACAGUAAAUAGUCCCAAAUGGGAAAUUUUUAAAAAUCAACAAAAUUUUUUUGAUCAGCAAUUGUUUCGUUGGUCUGAUGAAUUGUGUCUUUUGAAAAAUUUACCAAUGGCUAUUGCUAUAAAUGAAAAUUCAAUUUACAAACAAAUAUUGAAUAAAUGCAUUUUAGAAAUGCAAUCAGCUGGAUUGAUUGAAUUUUGGAAAAGAAGAGCCUUUUAUGAAUUAACCCUCUACUUAUUUUUUGUUAUAAAGAAAUUGUUACAAGGUUUGUUAAAUUCACUCGAACUAUUAAAUUGCAGCUAA